AUGAUAUUAAAGCUCUAUAUGAUUAGGGCAUCGAAAAGUAACAGGGUCCCCAUAUACCUGUUGUAUAAACACUCAUUAGAGCGUCUUAUAGUAAUCAAAAUGCUGUCGACAGUCGUCAUACUAUUUGCGAUUUGUUGGCUACCGAUCCACAUAUUCUCGCUGUUGGUGUGGUUCUACCCCCAGAUACUAAAUGCCAAGACCAAGGUAGCUUAUAAUCUGUACGUGGGCACCUACUUCUUUUGCCACUGGAUCUCACAGUUUCAUUCACUCGUUAAUCCCAUUGUGUACUGUUUUAUGAGCGAGAAUUUUAGAAAUAGUCUUCGAUCACUAAUACAGUCGUGUUUUGUGCGAAUCAAGACAUGCGAUCGACGGGUGAAUGAAUGCGAAGUGAAUAUAACGCAAGACCAGAGUCUGUCCUCAUAUAACAACUCAAAUGCGCUCAGAAUUACUGACUAUAACAACAAGAAUCGCAUUCUGGACGAGGAUUUUCUGUAGGAAUAUUUUGUUAGAAAAGUUUUUUGGAGAAUAUUCUGUACGAAUAAA